CUACGGAGAACCUAACUUAUCAGAUCAGCAUUGCUAUGAGCUAGCUGGUGCCGUGCACGGACGCUCGCUCAGAACGCACUUUCUCAAUGGCAUUAGCAGGCACGAGACGCCAGCUUACACCUGCUCUGAAUGCAAAGAAGAAAAUCGUGAAGAAGAUAAACGAUUUCAAAAUGAUAAGGUGAGAAAGCACAGGGCAAAUUGUUUCACAACCUCGCGGCCUGCCCAUUGCUUCUCUUCUGUUCGCAUUUAUGUUCGUCCCUCCGCAAUGAGAUUAAGCAUCAGAGACUCCUUUUCCCUUUGCGACACAUCUCUGCUCCUCCCUUCGGACCCUUUACUCACUCAUUCAUAAUGAAGCUCCUAGAUGUCGUCCUCCUGGGCCUCGUUCCUGCUCUCAUAACACUUCACCUUAUCCUCGCCCCGGACACGAAAGUCGAGGAAUCCUUCAACAUCCAGGCCGCCCAUGACGUGCUCGUCUACGGCACGCCCACUCACGACGUCGCCGCUCGCUUGCGCGCCACCUACGAUCACUUUGAAUUCCCCGGUGCCGUCCCGCGCACCUUUGUCGGCCCUGUCCUCCUCGCCGGCCUUGGCGGGCCCGUCGUCAACCUCUUCGGCUUCCACCACGCCCAGCUUAUCGUCCGCGCGCUCCUGGGGUUUGCUAACGCUGCCGCGCUGCUGGUGUUUGCCAGGAGCCUGGGUAAAGGGUUGGGCUCGAAUGUGAUGAGGUGGUGGGUUGUGUUGCUAGUCAGCCAGUUCCAUGUUGUGUUCUACGCUUCAAGGACAUUGCCCAACAUGUUUGCCUUCGGCUUGACAACGCUUGCCGCAGCAAACCUACUCCCAUCUCCUUCCACCUCUCCCAAGUCCCGCCCCGCGCGCCUCCGUGUCGCAAUCUCCCUCCUUGUCUUCGCUGCCGCAAUCUUCCGCUCCGAAGUCGCCGUCCUCCUCGCAACCACAGGCCUCUACCUUCUCGCCACACACCAAACCACGAUUCUCCGCCUUGUCCGCCCCUUUCUCAUCUCCUUCGCCGUCGCCGUCACUGUCUCCGUGCCCCUCGACUCGUAUUUCUGGCAGAAGCCGCUCUGGCCGGAGCUCUGGGGUUUCUACUACAACGCCAUUCUUGGCUCUUCGUCCAACUGGGGCGUCUCCCCCUGGCACUACUACUUCUCUUCGGCAUUGCCGCGCCUGCUCGUCAAUCCCCUGGCCUUCCUCCUAGUCCCGCUGGCCCUCUUUCACCCAGCAACAUCCCGCACAGCAGCUGGCCUCGUGGUGCCCCCCCUCCUCUUUGUUGCCAUCUACUCCCUCCAACCACAUAAAGAAGCCCGCUUCAUCUUCUAUACCGUUCCGCCCCUGACCGCCGCAGCAGCCCAGGGUGCAAACCUGAUCUUUGCUCGCCGCUCCAAGUCUCCGCUCUACGCCCUGGCCUCGGCCGCUCUCGUACUCAGCGUUCUUGCCUCCCUCGCCGCCUCAACGGGCAUGCUUCUCCUCUCCUCCCUAAACUACCCCGGCGGCGACGCACUCCGCCAGCUGCACGCCCUCGUCGUCUCCGACUCCUCGGGCAGCGGUGGCGCCGUCACCUCCGUCCACACCGACGUCCUCAGCUGCAUGACGGGCGUCACCCUCUUCAAUCAGAACCUUGUCGGCCUGCCCAAGAACCCGCACGCCCGCGCCCUCGAGUCCGCCCUACAUGACGGCACCUCCGCCUCGACGACGACAUCCUUGCCGAUCCUCACGUUCGACAAGACCGAGGACAAGGCCGUCCUCGCCGAUCCUGCAUUCUGGUCCCGCUUCGACUACGUCAUCGCUGAAGACCCGGCCUCCGUCAGGGGCGGCCAAUGGGAGACGGUCGGCAUCGUGCAGGGCUACGCUGGCGUCGAAAUCCUACGACCCGGGUCCAAGUCCCCAUCUGAUGGCGGUGACGAGGAGGAAGGGGAGCCAAGGAUCCUGGGACGAGGCCUGGUAGUCAAGCGGGUGCGUGACCUAGUCCGGGGAUUGACGGGCGGCUGGUGGGUUGGGCCGCGCAUGGAACCACGGAUCCGGAUCCUGAAACGGACCAAAGAUGCCGGCGCUGGUGUCCGGAUCGUCUCCCAGUAACUGUGUGGAGCACUUUCCAAGUCCGUCACAACACUCGGGCUCAGAGUGACCAGCUGGAAAAGUAGGCCCGUCCGUGCAUUGAAUAAAGGC